AUGAUCUCUACCAUUCGUCUCCAAUGUGCUGUACACUCAGCCGUUCGUGCAUUUUCUCAAAUUUCCAGUCCCACUCGUAUCCUUGUGACUGGCGGGACGGGUCAAAUUGGCAUGGAACUUGUGCCGUAUAUGCGUCAACUCUUUGGCAAGAAUGUAGUCGUGAAUUCCGACAUUAAGGCACCAAGUGGACCUCGUGAUAGUAAUUUUGUAUACUGCAACGUAGAAGACCGUGACUCAAUGGCUCGUGUCGUGACGGAGCAUGGCAUUAGCAUGAUUGUGCACAUGGCAUCAUUGCUCUCAGCAGUAGGUGAAGCUAAUCCGGCAUUGGCCCUUUCGGUCAACACUCGUGGUAUCCAGAACGUGCUUGAGCUAGCAAAGCAAUAUCAAUUGCGAGUACUUGCCCCGUCAACUAUUGCUGUCUUUGGACCCUCAACACCUCAAGAUGAGACCCCUGAUACGACGAUUAUGCGACCAACGACCAUGUACGGACUUACAAAAGUACACGUGGAACUACUGGGAGAGUAUUAUUACAAGAAAUUUGGUGUCGACUUUCGUUCCGUACGGUAUCCAGGUGUCAUCUCAUCGGAAACACUUCCUGGUGGCGGCACGACGGACUAUGCCGUAGAGAUCUUCUACGAUGCAUUGAAGCACGGCAAGUACACGUGUUUCCUUAAACCCAACGUCAAACUGCCUAUGAUGUACAUGCCCGACUGUCUGAAGGCUACACUAGGGCUUAUUAACGCCCCAAACGACUCGUUAACCCAAAGGACAUACAAUAUCACGGCAGUUUCGUUUACUCCUGAAGAAAUUGCUGCAUCGAUUAAGAAAGUGCUGCCGAGCUUUGAGUGUGACUACAAGCCGGACUUUCGCCAGCAGAUUGCUGAGACAUGGCCGCGCUCGCUUGACGACAGUAUCGCCCGAAGAGAUUGGAAUUGGCAGCAUGAAUAUGAUCUGGACAGUAUGGUCGAGGACAUGCUCAUUAAGCUUGAUGCCAAGCUGACUAAACCAGACGUUGCGAUUGAGGAGACUGCAUAG